AUGGUGCUAGCUUCAAUUUCGGAAGCUUUGAUAUCUCAAGGUGAUGGAGGGGAGAGAGUGGCUAAGAGACAACGCUCGGCGAUAGUACUGCUAGAUCUUGAUAUCCUCGAUUGUCCUAUUUGCUGUGAAGCAUUGACGAGUCCUAUCUUCCAGUGUGAUAAUGGGCAUUUGGCUUGCGGUUCUUGCUGUCCCAAACUGAGUAAUAAGUGCCCUGCAUGUACUUUGCCUGUUGGUCACAGUCGCAGCAGAGCAAUGGAGAGUGUUCUUGAAUCUAUUUUGAUCCCAUGCCCAAACGUCAGGUUUGGUUGUACCAAGAGUUUCUUUUAUGGGAAAGAGUCAGCUCAUGAAAAAGAAUGCAUCUUCUCUCAAUGCUCAUGCCCUUCAUCGGUCUGCGAUUACACUGGCUCAUACAAGGAUCUCUACGCUCACUAUAAACUGACUCACUCCACGAAUAUUUUCUGGAAUAUUAAGCGCUUUAGAUGUGCCAAUUUCUUUACGACCUCCAUGCUCAUCAGCGAUAAGAUACUAAUUAAAAGGGUACAUGAGAAGAAACUAUUGCUUGCAGUGCAGUGUUUUAGGGAACCGUGUGGUGUGUAUGUGACUGUAAGCUUCAUUGCACCAUCUGCUCCAGAAGUAGGAGAGUUCUCAUAUCAACUCUCCUACAAUGUGGAUGGACACACUGUGACUUAUGAAUCUCCGGAGGUGAAGAGGGUUUGUAAAGUGAGUAUUGAAACCCCUCAAGAGAAUUUCAUGUUGAUACCUCACAGUUUAUUGCGUGGUGACUUGUUGGAGAUGCAGGUUUUUAUCAUCGAAAAUGUGGACCAAGAGUAA